AUUAACUUACCUAGAUCACCGAAUUGUUCCUAUAAUAAAUAGCGGUGGUUGGUUGCCCAGGGAUGAGAGAGAGAGAGAGGGAGGUGGCCUCAGGCUCAGCUCCUCAGUUUAUAUAUCGAAGCUCUCCACCAUUCCUUCGCGCAACACUCGUACACACCGGAGCAACCUCCUCCUCUCUUUCUCUCUCUCUCACAGAAACGCAAAUAUACCAAAUAUACCAGAAGAACUAAAGGACGAACAAGAAGCACGAAAGUAGGUCGACAUGGUGCACCGGCUUGUCGGCGAGGCUAGGAGGAGGGCCGCCUCGGUGAUGGCAGGGGGUGCCGGCGCCGACCGGUGGCUGUCGUCGUCGGUGGCGGCGGCGAAAGGAAGACUUGAGGGGAAAAUUGCACUAAUAACCGGAGGAGCGAGUGGGCUCGGUAAGGCCACGGCCCACGAGUUCAUCCAGGAGGGCGCGCAGGCCGUGUUUGUCGCAGACAUCAACUCCAAGCUGGGCGUCGAUACGGCCGACGAGCUCGGCCCAAAGGCGCACUUUGUGCACUGCGACGUCGCCGUCGAGGACAGCGUCGCCGCGGCCGUGGACGCCGCCGUGGCGCGGCACGGCCGGCUGGACGUCAUGCUCAACAGUGCCGGCGUAGUGGGCCCGCUGUCCGCCGGCACGUCGGAGCUGGCCAGCCUGGACCUGGCCCAGGUCGACGCCGUCAUGACCGUGAACGUGCGCGGCACGCUCGCGGGCAUCAAGCACGCGACGCGCGUCAUGGCGCCCGGCGGCUCCAUCCUGUGCAUGGCGAGCAUCAGCGGCAUCCUCGGCGGCCUCGGCACGUACCCGUACUCGGUGUCCAAGUUCGCCAUCGCCGGGAUCGUCAAGGCCGCGGCCGCCGAGCUCUCGCGCCACGGCGUCCGCGUCAACUGCAUCUCGCCGUACGCGGUGCCGACGCCGAUGGUGGUUGAGCAGUUCGCGGAGAUGCUCGGUGGCGCCGCCGACGAGGUGCAGGUGGCGGCGAUCAUCAGGGGCCUGGGGGAGCUCAAAGGCGCGACGUGCGAGGCGGUGGAUGUCGCCAGGGCCGCCGUGUACCUCGCGUCCGACGACGCCAAGUACGUGUCCGGGCACAACCUGGUGGUGGACGGCGGGUUCACGAGCUACAAGCACAUGAACCUGCCGUUCCCUACAAAGCCACAGGAGUGAGUGGCGGCAGCUGAUCCCGAAGGCAGAUGAGCUUGUGGUGUUGUGAUUUGUACAAAAUUGCACCUAACCAUGAGGCAGAAGAAAGAAAAUGUGUGAUUUGUGAUCUGGUGUAAACUGUAGAGAGGUUGUGAAUCCAUGGAAAGAUGGUGGAUUUGACUUUGGGCCUUUCCUGCGCAGCUUAGGUGGAGUAGAAAAAGAUGUAGCUUUGCCUUUGCAGUGCUUAAUUUCUUAGUGUGGAGAGAUGUGGCUUGUGAAUCCAAUGUUCUUC